UUUUUUUUUUUCAUGCAGAUACGAUUAGAAAUCAGCUGUAAAGGCAAAGGGAGGGAGGAAGAAAGAGUGAGUGAAAACGAAACAAGUAGAAUAUCCAGAGAGGAAGACUUGUGAAAAUUCCAUUACUUCCUUCCUCCCCUGACAUCACAGUCUGUUCUGUACCAGGAGUGACUCUAAUCUGCUUUGCACUAAGUUCUCAUUUCUGCUUUUAUCUUUGGAUGCCUUCGUUUCCUUAUGGCUGUUCUGCAGCGUAAGAUUUACAUAAAGAUUGGUUAUGCUAUAUUUGGGCUUUUGGUUGGAUUUUCAGCCUUCCUUGCCUGGAAUAUUGCAUUCAAGCAGCCAUGGACUGCUGCCAUGGGUGGGCUGUCUGGUGUGCUGGCCGUCUGGUGUCUAGUGGCUCACAUUAUGUAUGUUCAGGACUACUGGAGGACAUGGCUGAAGGGUCUGCGUUUUUUCCUCGUCAUCGGCCUUGUAUUUGCUGUAUUAGCACUUGUGGGCUUCAUCACGUUUCUGAGUCUUGCCAUCACAAAACACCAGCGUAUCACUGAUCCCAAUAGCUACUACUUAUCUUGUGUCUGGAGCUUCAUCUCACUGAAAUGGGCCUUCCUGCUCUGUCUUUAUUCUUACCGUUACCACAAGGAAUUUGUAGACAUCAGCAUCCUCAGUGACUUCUGAGCACUUAAAAAGUCACACCUCGUCAAACUGUGGUGACUCUUCUAAGGCAACUUGGCAGAACAUUACGUGGAAAAAACACACAUGAAGUCUGUUGCAGAAAAAGACGAUUCCAGUUAUUGGGUGUCUCCAUUUCAGUAAUGUUAUUGUAAACCAUUUAUGUCCUUCCACUGUCACUUUGUAAUUCUGGGAACCGACACAUGCAUAUUCUCACAAUACUUAUCUGAAUCUUUAACUACCUAUUAAAAUGUUUUGCGGGGAAAGCUCUGGGUACAACUUAUAAACUGUAGCAUAGUGGUUGUAUAGGGAAAUGUGCCACUUUUAUCAACAGCUGUCACCAGCAUUUAGCACCUUUACAGAGAGUUAAAUCUGUAUAGGAUUAAAGAUAAAACAAAACCAAACAAAAACAUGUUUGUAUAGCAGCACUGCUCAAAUGAAACAACAUGUCAACUUACCUGAAGGGCAUGAUGAUGUAUUAAAUAUCCAGAGACUGUUUACUCUUAUGUAGCCCUAUGAGAAUAAACUUUGACCAUCAAGUAUUUUGUUUUAUAUGCCUGUAAAUGUAGGGCUUACUUAAGUAAGCUGUGGAAGGGAUGGUUCUGAGUCAGCUGACUGCAGAUUUAAAUGAGCAGGAUCGUAUUCUCAGGUCAUGAUGUAUGCUCAAACUAACAAGCUUUAGUUGGAUAAACCAGGGAGUCACAGAGAGACUGCAUUAUUUGUAGUUGUAAAGAAGUAUACUUUGUGUAUAAUGUGCUAAUGUCAGUCUGGUAAGAGUCUGUAUUAUGCCUGUUGCUUCUACAUUUUCAUAGUGAAGAAGAGGGAUUUUAAACCUUAGUGCCUUCUACCACUCAUGCUUCUGUAACACUGCAAUUCAUCACAAGUCAAGAUUAAGGCACUAAGUUAUGCCAGUUCCUCCACGGUAGCUGCCUGGCCAUUUACUGCAGUAAUUGGGGAAGAGUAAUAACCUGAACAAAGCAGGCCACAAUUUUUUCCUAGCUGAGCACUUAAAAUUCAGUUCUUUUUCUUUCUACCUAACAUACUUGUACCAUCCAUGCACUUGUUCGAAUGGCUCACAACAUUUUCACUUGACAUUUCAAUUUAACCUUGGCUGUAGAAGGUUGUCACUGUUGAAGUGACACUGACAACAUGUGCAAAAAUGGGGAAAAAGGGGUUGUGGAUGGAUGAAUUUCAAGGAUGAAUUCCUGUGAGAUCAUUUUAAAACAAUGUUCCGUGAUGACAGUAAAGUAGUCAUUGAAUUGCAUACAUUCAGAAGGGACACCAUGAAAAUAUUAAAGAGAGAGCCUGACAUUCUAUCAUUAUCCCCCUUUGAAAGGGGUGGAGAUAAGAUGAGCAGAAUUAACAUGGCAAACAAUGUCUUCUCAUGUACUUGAUUAUGGAGAAAAUUAUAGCCCUCUUUUCUUACCCCCCACACUCACCCCUGUCAUAGGGUAGGAGCAGCACUCCACUUUAGUAACAAACACCUUCAGGAACACGGUGCCGAAUUUUCACAACUAUUUACUCUUUUAAAAGGUACAAGAGAUUGUCAUUUAUUAGAAGUGAAACUACUUCAGUUCAUGUCUUUGUUGACAGCAGAGGUGUAAUUGACACUGUUACUCAAAGGUGUCCUAGCCUACUUCAGUCUUGAAUUUGCAUUAGAAAUGAUUUAGUCUUAAACACUCAUCCUUGGAUAGUACUAUACAUGGUAAAUAUGGAGAGUAAUGUGUAAUAUGUUACUCCAUACACUGAAAUAUGAGAUCAGUAAAACUUUGCAGCAAAGCUUCAGAUGGUUAGUAACUCAAACUACACUGAAUAUUAAUUUUUCAUGAUAUUUUUAGUAUUAACAAAGUUCCACUAAACUGAUUUUCCGUAAAUGAAGAAUAAGAUCUUUUGAUACGGUUGCUGUUUUUGUUACUACUGGACCGCAGUUCUAUGUUAUUCUUUUAGAUCACACAGAAAAAUAUAACUCAGUGUCAUAAAAAUGAUUAGAUAAUUAUUAUGAACUAAUCCCUUUCUGGUUGAAAUCACUGGCAAACUUUGAUGGAUUGUUAAAACUCAAACAGUUUUCUUAACAGCAAGCCUCUGAAAGUAUACUCAAAAGCUGUUUUCAGUUUCAGACACACUUGCAGCUACAGAAAUGUUUAUGUACAGUUGUACUACUCUCAAAAUUAUUAAAUUUAGUUUGUUGAAAUAACUGAAUUUAAUUAAAAGAUGUGUGAAUUUCAAAUAUCUGUCCCCUUAAUAGUGUAAUUUUUCCUAUGUGAUUCUUUAUUAUUACAAUUUUGUAGUUUCACCCAUCUAUGAAUUUUUGAAGGUUCUCCAUUUACUCAUUCUAAAACAUUUAUAAUACUUCACAAGAAAAUCAUUUUCAGCUGCAGACAGUUCCAGAGUUGACUGCAAUUUCACCUGUAAGAUAAUUUUUCUAAAGCUUCUUUUAAUAAAUAUGUCACUGUCCAUUCGGUGUAUUUUUCAUCUGCUGACAGGUAUAUUGCUCAUUUCCACAGGAAGGCAUAGUGGAACAUAUAACCACAUUGCAUCCCAACAAUAGUGUUUCUAUGCCUGCCUACUGUGAACCUUCUAGAAUAACAGAGCCAGGUGGUUCUCUAUACUUUCAUCACUCUGAAACUUGGAAAAUGCCCUUUGUUUUCUGAAUGAGAUAAUAGAAUCAGCAUCCCAAAUAUUAAGAUGAGAAUAUUAUGCUAACGCGCCAAGGCAAGAAGUGGGUGAUUGGUAUUUUAACCACCUUAGAAGGUAUUAAUUCAUCUCAAAAGUGUCGUAAGGUUAUGAGUUUCCUACAAUUCUGCUAUGGUGUAUAGCCUUUAUACAGUGGCACUAUUUUAAAAAGUUAUGUCUUGCAUAUUAAAAUAAUGUGGUUGCAUAGUUUGUACUUCAUCUCUGUGCACUGAUAAUAAGUGAAGAAGGAUACCUUAGUGAUGUACUGCACGUGCAUUUCAGUAAAUGUGGCAAUGCAUUUACAGUACAGAGACUGGGUGGACUUGAAAUCACUGCAAAUGCAUCAGGAGCAGAAAGUGAAACAGUGUGCAGUUUUUAGACAUGCAUAACGGGAACAUUAUGAAACUAAAGGAAUAGUGUAAUAAAUUAAAAUAAAUGUUCAAAUUAUUUACAUGGGAAAUUAUAUGUUAAAAGAAAAAUUAAUUUUUCAUAUGUUUUGUCAUUAGAAAAUGCCAGAUGCAUUUUAAAAUGUAUUUUUUUGUACCAUACUUAGGUUCAUAGGUCCAUAGGUAAGUGCUAAGCUAACUGCCCUUGUGGGCCAUUUUAAGGCUAUCCAAUUUUGCUUUUCGUCCUUGAAUUAAUCAAUCCAGUUGGUUAGAGGUUGGCUUUACCCAUCCCAUGGUCAGUAAUUGCCCUAAUGAGAGUAAAUAGGAUCAUACCAUAGAUAAUUAGAGGGAGCCCAUGCAUUUAGGAGCUGUAUUUGUCCAUGAAGUAGUACACGUGGCAAUCCUGAGGUAAAUUUUCUGUUUCCCAUCCAUAGAUCUAAGUUUCACUUGAAUAUGUUUAUGAAUGCACUUUGUUUUAUGUGAAUGGGAGAGUCUGUUCCAGUGCACCGGUAUCCUGUGAGAGAAAUGUACCUGUCCCUCCAAACUGUUCUAUUGAGAUUGCAAAAGUGAUUUAGAUCCCUAAGACUGAGAAUAUCUGAUGCAUUUACUGCACAGACAAGUUAUAUGGCAUCAGUAAUGAGUGAGAGACUAAAUGUGCAUUACAGUACAGCUAUCAAACUUACUAUUAGGAUGUAAGCUAAUCAUCAUGUAUUUCACCAGGAGUGGGCAAAUCCCACCUCACCAAUGCUUGGACAGUGAUUAUUGGUAUUAUAUACCAUAGCCAUUAAAAACUUUUUUCACUUCUUUGAAAGAACUCCACAUGUAAUCACUUCCUUUUAGUUUGAGGGAUUUUUCUUCAGUAUUUAAGAUGCAGAGAUGUCCUUUCUGCAUAUUGGACACCCAUGUCCUUAUGUGUAAAUGCACACAUACUCAUUGGAGAGGUUGCAGUUCGUGUCUGUCCUUUUGUAUGAAGCAGUUGUGACUGGCAUUUUUUAUUUAGUUGGUUUUAAGUUUAAACACACUUUGUAGCAAGAACUCUAAAUCUGUUGCAAUUAAUGGUUUGUUUUUGAUUUUAAAGUUGACAAAGUUUUGUUUCUUACAUUUACUUUCAUGAGCUUGUCACCAGUGUUUUUUAUGAGAGGAAGUUAGUUUUGUCUGUGUGCCAAACAGAUCUUUCUGCACCUAAUUUAGCCAAUGAAAUAGCCUGGCUUGAGAGGUGUUUUGAAAGUAAUUUGUAAUAUACCAUCUGAAUUAACUGCACUGGCCCUCUACAGGAGCUAAGCACUGCCACUGAGAAUAUGUAUUUUAAACCACUAAAAAUUAUGUAACCAAUAUUGCUUUUUAAACCACUGACAAUGUUGUAAGCAAUCAUUAUUUCAAACGUACUCUUCAGAACCAUGCAAUAACAUCACAGUAGAGGUUCCCACUGUUUCAGUGCAGAAAGGACCUUAGUUAAAAUUUCACUAAAUUCUGAAAUGCUAGCAUAUUACUAGAUAUUCAGUGGCAGUAAAAUUGAUUAGAAUGUUGCUUUUAAAACAUUUAAAUGUCAAUGAAAUGAUACUCAGCAUGUGAACUCUGACCUCACAUCAAAGGAGUUUUCAUAGCCCACCACAUGGAAUGGACAUGGAACGUUUUGCUUUCACUGCUAACACAUAUUACAAUGUGCUGCUGCAAAAUCUGUUUCACUUUUCUGUGUUUUAACUGGAACUUGGAGAUUAAUAGAACGUGUUAAUACAUUAUGAUAACUUGUUUCUUGUAAUGAAAAAUCUAAAACUCUGACAUGUGAUUGUUUUCCAGAUUAGUAAUUUCUCUUCCAAACUGCUUUUUUCCCCUUCAGUUUCUAUUUAAAUCACAUUGAAUGCUUCAUUUUGGAUAGAUUAUGAUCUAUGUUUCAUCAUUUUCUUCAGCUUUUCCUCUUUACCAGUCAUUAUUACAGUGGGGCACAUACAUGAAGACAAGACUGGUGUUACUCAUUCUAACUUGUUUACAUUGUAUGUUUGUCAUUUUAUAGUGGCACAACAUUUUCAGUGCAACACUACACGUUUUAAGAGUUGCAACAUUUAGAGUAUACAAAGCAGAUGAGUUACAAUGCAUCUCUAAAUAAAAUUGUUUUUAGUGAUAGACGUAUGAGAAUUAAAACAAAAUGCUACAUUUAAUUUGAAUUUUGUAUGGUUUCAGAGUUGGCCCUGCUGUGUUAAUCUUCUGAGAAGAGCUCCAGUUAAUGAAAAUCUCCAGUUUUCUUAACCUAGAGCAAUUCUGAAAUAAAAGAAACAUGAAACACUUGUGCUUCCUGUCAGCUCUGCUCAUAAGGAAGCAUAACACUUGAUGCAUUAUUCCAUGUAUAGUACAGCAUUAAUCACUCACAGCCUUCUCUACAAUCACUGCCACUUUUCUCAACGUAGCAUCACAAAACAUCCGCUCUGUCUCUGUUGUUGGAUUUACAAAUGUUAUUAUAAGCAAAAGUGCACUCAUUUAAUAUUCAUGUAUAUUGUAAACCCAAAAUGAUGAGGCAGUUACACUUCAGGAGUUAGGCUGUUUAUUCUCUGAAAAGCAUUUGUAUGCAUUUGCAUAUUCCAUUGUACAGUUUACAUAAAUGAAUCUACAGGUUAUAUAAACUGUUUAAUGUUGUUUUGCAAUUUGUGAAAACCUGAGAUUCAGCCUUUAGAACCUACGAAUUAUCCUUCUCUUAUGAACCCUCAGAACAGGGGGAAUUUUUUUUUAUUUUUUACAAAAUCUGCAGAAUUUAAUCAUGGAAGAUUGGUCUAAAAUUCAAAACAGUUCUUCCUCUUCUGUAUAUGAGAACUGUUGUUUGUAUGUUAUAUUACAUUGAACUUUGUGGCAGUUGCAUUGCAUAACUAUCCUCUGCUUGUGAGUUUACAUAUCUCUUGUUCAAAGCAGUUAUAACAGAAGACAUUGUAAUAUUUGUGUAUGUAUUUGGUUAUUAUUGACAAUAAAAGGAAAAAAAUCUACUUUUAUCAUAA